AAUCUCUCAAGUUUUCUUUCUUUGUUGGGUUUCUCUCUCUCUUUCUCUCCGGAAUUUCUCAUUACUUUCUAAAAUAUUAUUUAUUUAUUAGUAGUAGUGGUAAUAUAGUAGCGGAUGGGGAGAAAAAUGUGAGCUUUGUAUUCUUAUGGCCGUUUAUGAAUUCUCCCCCACAGGCAAAACAAAGUCUUAUCUUUCACACCCUUUCAAUCCCCAAGCAAAAAGAACAUGGGAAGAAGAAUCUAGGGUUUGACAACACCGAGUCCAACAAGGUCUGUUUUCUUUUUGGUGCCUUUCCCUUAGUUUUUAAUGGAAGGGCUGUUUCUGCUUUGAUCCUUGUCUGCUUUCUCUCUUCUUUCUUUCCUGUUUUUUUUUGUGCGCCUCUUAACUUUUAAGCUAAAUUUGAAGUCCUUAAAGUUCAUUUGGAUACCUGAAAUUGAAUUUUGAUUGAUAGGUUUUCCUUGUUUUUGUUUAAAAAUCGAAUCUUUAGUGUGAACUUUGAUGUUUUUGUGUUAUUUUUUGGUUUAGGUGAUUUGGGUUUGAUUUGUGUUUCUGGGGUUUGGUAACAUGGAGGAGGUUGAAGAAGCUAACAAGGAAGCAGUAAAGAGCUGCCAUAGAGUUUUGAGUAUUUUGUCUCAGCCUAAAGGUCAAGUUCCCUAUAGAACUUUAAUGGCGGAAACUGGUGAGGCUGUUUUUAGGUUCAAAAGAGUGGUUUCCCUUUUAAAUUCUGGUUUAGGACAUGCAAGGGUGAGGAAGAUGAGGAAAUUGGAAACCCCUUUGCCUCAAAGCAUCCUUUUGGAUAAUCCACACCAUAAGUCAGCAGAUAAUUAUCCAUCCAAGGCUUUGCAGCUUGGUUACCUUGAAAACCCAUCUUUGGAAUUGGGUUCAAAUGGUAAAAACUCUCUUCGACUCGCCCAACAGGCACCGGCCGGACACUACGGUUUCCUUCACCAACAACAGCAACAGCUGCAACAAAGGUUACAACUCCAACAGCAACAGCAAAUGAAGCAUCAUCAAGCGGAAAUGUUGUUUAGGAAGAGUAAUAGUAGUGGCUUGAACUUGAAAUUCGAUAGCUCUAGCUGCACACCUACCAUGUCAUCGACUAGGUCUUUCGUUUCUUCGUUGAGUAUAGAUGGUAGUGCAGCUAACUUGGAUGGUGGGAGUGCCUUCCAUGCAAUCAGGGUGCCUUGUUCGGCCAAUCAGGGUUCCCAACAGAAAAAGAAGUGUCCUGGUAGGGGAGAAGAUGGUAGUAUCAAAUGUGGAAAUAGUAGCAGUAGAUGCCAUUGCUCCAAAAAGAGGAAACAUAGAGUAAAGAGAUCGAUAAAGGUGCCAGCAAUCAGUAACAAGCUUGCCGAUAUUCCUCCCGAUGAUUACUCUUGGAGAAAAUACGGGCAGAAGCCAAUCAAGGGUUCUCCUCACCCUAGGGGAUAUUAUAAAUGCAGCAGUCAAAGAGGUUGCCCUGCAAGGAAGCAUGUAGAGAGGUGCUUGGAAGAGCCAUCUAUGCUUAUUGUUACCUAUGAAGGCGAACAUAAUCAUCAAAGGUUACCAUUGCAAUCGACGACAACGUAGUCUCGCCGAAAACUCUUCUGACAGGGCAUGGGAUGAUAUACUGGAGCAGUUUCGUUUUCUUUUCUUUAUUCCAUUUUCUCUAUUAGGGGUGGCAUUCCAACCUUGACAAUUGUGGUUUUAAUUGUAAGGCUAUGGUGGAGCAGAAGGAAUGUUAAACAAAAUUGAGAGAUCGGUAGAUCAGAUUAGAAUCUA